UUGUUUCUGUUGUGCUGACUUCCUGGGCUUUGAGUUGACGAACCUGGUUGUAUUUCAUUAAUGACUUGGAUAGAGGAGGAUUUCUUUUCUUCGCGGUUUUCACAUAAUACCUUAUCAUUCCUACUGUACAUAGCCUCAUGGUGAUAAUAAUUAAUGAUAUUUUGGCACCUAUUGCAACUGAUGCUGUCCUGGAUGGGCACUCCCAGGUUCAUCAUGAUUCUAGUCCAGGAGCUUUCCUGCACGACGCACAUGCAGCCAUCAUCACACCCCCAAGAACCGUGCAUCCCAGGGGUGUUUUGUUGAGGCAUCCAUCACUAUCAGGGACUCAGAACCUUUGUCACUACUUAGCUUUUCCAUCCCCUCCCCAGACUUCUUUCAAAGCGGGAAUGUCGUCAAACAUCUUGGACGUGUUUCUCAACAUUGAGGCGAAGCGUGUACUCAGAAAGGUGGAAUAUAAUCGGCAAGAAGCAUGGCUUCUUGACACUAGUCGGGACAAUACUUGCCAAAUGUAACCAAAUUCGGCACUUAGCUAGCAAGAACAGCCCCCAAAAGGCCAUACCGCUCAUUCACCAGCGGGUCUCGCGUCCAUGGACCUACCCCUUCUCUGAGACCACUCUGGAGAGCCUGAUUGAACAAAUGCGCCUCCCAACAGCUACCCGAGCUCGACUGGCCUGG